AUGAGCCAGUGUCGAUCAAGCGUUCUUGUGGGGAAGAAACGGAAAUGGGAAGUGGCAGCUUUGGGCUCCGAUAUUUCGGGAGCUCAAGCCAAGUUUGACAGGAUCGGUAUGACGGCUUUGGACCAAAGUCUUUUUUCCCAAAGCAAUGAGGGUGACAGUUUUCGCCAGCUCGGCCAGGCUCGCGAUGAACUAUCUGCACCCCUAAUCCCGAUGCAGUCGCCCAUAGCCUUACCCCGGCUGAGCACCAUGGUUGAUACCGUCAAUCCUAACAGCUCUUCGAACAUGUCAACGGAGGAAAUCUACUUCAAUCCCGGAGAAGGGCAAACCCAAGAUCUCGACUUGCUACAAGAUUUUGAUGCUCCUAUCCUUCAGAUUAUGAACAGUAUCCCAGCAUUGUCGACCGGAUGGGCGGCUCAAGAUGAUUUUGUGGAUAUAGCCACAGAAGCUGCAGUAUACCGUGAAUAA